GGACUUGAAAGAGGUGGUGAGCUCAGAAGCCCAGCAGACAGACUGAUACAAAGUAGCACAAGCUGUCUGUUCACAAACAUCAGGGAUACUGGAGUACCUACGGCAGGCUGCGGUCCGGGUAGGGGGAGGGGGAGGACGAAGGCAACUGAGACCCUAGACCACUGACUUCCACCCGCAGAAGACUUUACCGAGAAAUAAAAUAUCGUAUGUUUUUUUGUGAUUCCUGCCCCGCGGCGCGCAUGAAAAGUGAACUGGAGAGAUAUCCGAGCCGUUUUUCGUUUAGAUUUCCAGAUGUAAAUGUUCAACUUCAUGGGUCUAAUAAACGGUACAGCGGCCAUACAGACCAAUGUAUCCUGUACAUGUAACUGCAAACGCUCGACUUCAUUCCAAAGCAUGGAGAUCACCCAGUUGGAGUUUGUGCAGAUCCUGGUGAUCGUUGUGGUGAUGAUGGUGAUGGUGGUAGUGAUCACCUGCCUGCUCAACCACUACCGCCUGUCAGAACGCUCCUUCAUCUCCAGGAACAGCCAGGCCCGCAGACGCCACCUACCACUGGCCUCUGAUGGGAGUCUGUGGUCCUCAGAUGGCCCAGGGCCCGCCAGUGGAAUGAGCGAGCAGCAGGUGUACACCACGCGUCCUCCGGACCGCGUCCCCUCCUAUCUGCAGAGGGAGCGUCUGGCCCGCUUCCAGCCCACGUACCCCUACCUGCCCCACCCCAUCAUUGACCUGCCGCCCACCAUCUCACUGUCGGACGGCGAAGAGCCUCCGCCCUACCAGGGCCCCUGCACUCUGCAGCUCCGCGACCCCGAGCAGCAGAUGGAGCUUAACAGGGAGUCGGUGCGUGCGCCCCCCAACCGCACAGUCUAUGACAGCCACCUCCUCGACACCUCCCUGUGCCCACCGCCCAGCCUCAACUCCGGGGUCAGCACUACCACGGUAGCCACGGCUGCCCAGGCCUACUCCAGCCGAGUGGAAGGGGCACCACCAACUUAUAGCGAGGUGAUAGGGCACUACUACCACCCCUCUUCACUACCCAGGCACCACCACCAGACUUCCAGGGGCGCAGGGCGUGAAGUCAGGUUAGGAGCCCCGGGUCCCUCGUCGCCAUCCUUGCUACUCCACGGGAUUCUCAAGCAGGCCCACCUGAGCAGCCUGGAGAGCAGGAAUGUGCGCAACAAAAAGGAGAAGCAGACUCCUGAAGAGGUGUGACGACAGUGUUGGUCUCGGGCAUUGUUUUCCGAGGCUGCUUUCUCCUUCUCCGCGCACUUUAGCUGAACUGUUGGUGGCAAGCAGGGUUGGAGAGGGUGACAUGCAGUGGUGGGGGGGGGGGGGGGGGGGACAGGCGCACAAAGAAAAAGGACUGCACUCCCCUCUUAACUUUACCCCCGGUCACCGUCUUACUGAAACCCGCCACCCCUAAACUUACGUUGUAUAAAUAUUUACUUGUUGUUUUUCCUUGCUUACAGCUUUUUUUUCUGUACAGGCAAAUGCAAAAACAACAAAACAAAAUUCUCUCCAAGUAUUUAGGUUGAUUUUGUUUUGUCUGCAUAAUUUCUAGUUACUUAUCUCCUCGUAGUUUAUCCUUAGUUCCUCCGGAAGUCUUUCAGAAUGACCAGGUCUUCCUUUUUUUGAGAUGCAGAUGGUUAUUUUAGUGAGUCUCCCCUGAACCCCUUUCUGGCUUUGAAUACUGUCCGUGUACCUGGCUUGUACAGGGAGGGCAUUGAUAGCACUCUUGUAACAGGUUGACAGUUUCAGGCUCUCACGGGAUCCAAGAUUGAGAUUCAUACGUUAGCCCGAGUUAGCCUCUCAGCUCAUGACCCAGUUAGCCUCACUGCCAGACAGAUCCCCAUCACUCCCCGUCAAUCUGCAUCAGAGGGUGCGGUGGUCAACGUUGGCAUCUAUGGAAACACAUGAUUGACAGCUGACUGGGUUUGUGAUGUCAGGCCAUGUGUGUCAACAUGAGUACUGGAGUAGAGUCCUGAGUCUGGGUCAAUUGAGUUCAGCACUGUGCCCACUGAAGUCAUAUAUAUCCACCGUGCUGUACUAUCUAGACCCAUCUGAGGUUAGUACUGUACUUUAGUUCUUUGUCUAUUCGUGUUUAGUAAUGUCUGUGGGUCUUUGGCCAGACAAGUUCAGGAGUUCCUGUGUGCGAAUACUCUUCUUGUUUUUUUUAUUAUGAUCUUUUUUAAAGAGAUGUUUGCACAAGAUUCAAGACUGUUUAUCUGGAGAAAAAGAAAAUCAAUCUGCAAUAUGUAUCAUAAGAGAGGAGAGCAGCGGUAUUUUUGUAAACAAAUGGAUUCUAAAGAUAUUUAUUUUUUAUUUUUAUGUUUUGCCUGCUCUAGAAGAAAAGGUAGAAACGGUAAUCUGUUGGUGUGCCAACUCAAACGUGUUUAACUUUGUGCUAUCUAUACAUAUACAAAUUAUUGGCACCCUGAUAAAGAUAAGCAAAUAAGUAAAAACAAACAACAUUUUAUCUGUUAUAUCAUUCUACUUUUUUAAAAUUAAUGUCAGUUUAUGGAACUUUAUUAUGGCCUUCCAUGAAUUCCUGUUUCACUGGGGUAUAAAAAUGAGGUAACACGCAUGUAAAAUUAUUUUGUCAUCCAUCACCAUGGGGAAAGGCAAAGAACUCACAAAUGAAAAGAGACAAAUGGUUGUUGACCUGCAUAAAUCAGGCAAUGGGUACAAAAAACAAAUAUACCACUUACCACUAUUAGGGAAACAAUUAAGGAGUUUAAAACCACUGGAGCAAUGGUAAACUUGCCUGGUAUUGGAUGCAUGUGUAUCUUGUCCCCAUGCACAGUGAGGAAGAUGGUUUAGGAGGCAAUGAACAAUCUAAAUGCCAAAAUUGGAGAAUUACAAAACUUAGUCGUAUCUACAAUUAAAUGCCACUUCCAUGCCAAAAUGUCUUUGGAAGGGUUGCUAGAAAAAAGCCUUUAUUGCAAGCAACCCACAAAUGUAAACGCCUGGAAUUUUCUAAAUGGCAUUGUCACAGAAUCGUACCUGUGCUAUGGUCAGAUGACAUGAAAAUAGAACUCUUUGGCCAAGCACACCAGUGGUGGUUUGGCAUUGAGAGAAGGAUGCAUAUACAGAAAAUAACCUCAUUCCUACUGUAAUAUAUGGUGGUGGGCCUUUGACGUUAACUUGGCGCAAGUGGACAUUCAAGCAAGACAAUAACCCCAAGCACACAUCAAAAUCCACAGAGAAGUAGUUAAUUGACCAGAAAAUCAAAAUUUUACAAUGGAAAUAAAAGUCUCCGGACUUGAACCCCAUUGAAAACCUAUGGUUUGAAUUAGAGGGCAGUCCAUAAGCACAGACAAGAUAUAUCAAGGAUCUGGAAAGAUUCUGUAUGGAGGAAUGGUCUAAGAUCCCUCCCAAUGUGUUCUCCAGCCUCAUAAAACAGGGUGCCGGAGUAUUGAAAACAGGGGUGACAAUAAUUUUGACACCUAUCUUGCAUCUCUGAGCAAUUGUAUUAGUAUAAAAUAAUGUAAUUUCCCAAUUUUUUUUGUAUUUUUGUAUUAUUUGUAUUAUUUAUUUUACUAAGGUUUUUGCUCAUCUUUAUCAAAUGUGCCAAUCAUUUUAGACAUGACUAUAUAUGUAUCAAUGUAUGUGUGUGUGUGUUCUAUAAACAGUACCAGUCAAAAGUUUGGACACACCUACUCAUUCAAAGGUUUUUCUUUAUUUUUACUAUUUCCUACAUCGUAGAAUAAUAGUGAAGACAU